ACUUAAUUAUUUGAAACUACUAACAUGUUUCCCUUUUCAAUAAUAAUGUUCGUAAAAAUUGUCAACAGAUCAACGACGUCAGGGCUUUUCGUUAACUAAAAUGUACCUCACAAAGUGUACAUCAUAUCACAUAGUUGUUUCUUACAAUCAUAAAAAUCCUAACAAGUAAUAAUAAAUAAUAAUAACAUGCGUAUUUCGAUGAAACCUAUAAUUGUCGCUCCUCUUUGCCUAAGGCUUGUCUAAAAUUCCGCAUUCCGGUAAAAUUCAACCCUUGCACUCGAUGAUUUACCACCCCUAUUUUACACAUUAGUAUUAUAAUCGCGUAUAUAAUAUGUAAGAUCGACUGGUGCAUUUCAAUCUUGGUAGUUUGGGGAUGAUCGGUAUAAAAAAAGGUACUUUUGAGAGCGACUGGUGCACGCCCAUAAUUUUGUGGUCUUCGACUUUUGAUAGCUCGAUAACGAGUUUAUAAUCCACAAUAGAAUUCUUAUGGAAAAACAUACGCGUACAAUAAAAAACUGAUUAAAACGCGCAUGUGUUUUUAUACAUUUUUAAUGUCUUACACAAUCUUGUUUAACAAUCUUAAUUAUAAAACGUUAAAAACAAUUAAUCGAAUGUGAUGAUUGGUACCCAAACACAAACAUCCGUCAGUCACAAGCCGAAACAACCUUAACUACUGCUGCGGUUCACGCUAACGGUAUUGCAAUAGCUGUACACGAAAAAACGAAUGUUUGAUUUUACCUUCGUGUUCGGUUUCGCGCGAGCACUUAUUUCAUGAGAAGUGUCGACGAAUCGAACGUGAUGCACGCUCUACUAGUUUAUCAACGAAAACACUCCAGUACUACCGUUCGUCGUCGUCGUUGUUGUUGUUGUUAUCCGAAUAAAAACAAUAAUAAUUCCUAUUGUCCGGUGCAGUACGUCCCAUGCGCGUGCGCGCGCGGCGCCCGCAUAUCUAAUGUCGACGGGAACCGACGUAGUCGGCGCGCGGUAAAUUAGGUCAGGUUAUAUAACGUGUCUAUCGCACGCGCAGAACGUGUGAGGCGACCGGUGGUGCACUAUUCGACCGCGGGACAAUCCGUUCUCCGGCCCGUUACGACACACCGCGCGCGCGCGUUACGCCAUAGCGUUUCGUACCGCGUGCCGUUCGCGGCGCGUUUUUCGGCCGCGCGCAAGGCAAACGGACGGGACGCAGACGAAACGCGCCGCAGAGAUUCGCGCGUUCCGCUACAGUUUUCUACUGGGCCACCGCCGUCCGACGACUUACCGUGUCCGGUCGCGCGUUCGACGGCUGACAGUUGUCGGCGAUCGAUACGGAAAACGCGUGCGAAAGACGACACGGUGCCGGUACAGCGAUGCCGGGCGCGCACGAACACGGGCGGUGAGACCGUGGUAACGCGCGGCCGACGGCGUAUAACGAACACGGUCGUGCGGAUCGAUAGGGCGCGCGCGAACACCACGUCCCCCUACCCACACCGAGGUCGUCCGGACGGACACGCACAGCGAGCACGUGGCGGUCUUUGCGCUCCGGCGAAAGCGAAACGCUUUUUUUGUAUUUUUUUUUUUUUGUUUUAUCGACGUGCUGGGUUCGCGCGGCGAACACGCGACGCGCGAAACGGGGCCGCGAACGCGCGUGACCGACGGCGAAACGUUGGGCGCGCGCGGUCGUUUCCGGGCGGUGUACGGUCCGCGCGACCCGACCGACGGCCUCGCGAGUGUUCCCCGCGGUUUCGGUUCGUCAACGUCGUGAUGCCCGUUCGUGUAGACGCGGCGCGUUUUUCCGAUCGCAGCAGCGACGACCACAAAACUCGCAAAGUUGUCGUCACGUUACUAGUUACAUCGUAGAGCGUUGAAAACUGCAAGUUCCGUCCGGACGCAUUCGCUUCGGGUUCGGAUCGCAGUCACGUUGUGGGUACGUUUCGAAACUGUUCACCGAGCACUCGGUCCGGCGGGUACGCGCGUUAGUCGCCGGUAGGUAACGCCUGCGGACGAUUGCAGACUGUUCACGGGGGGGGGGGCUACGUACGGUCGUGCUCUGGUUAACGCUGUAACGUUGUCGAAUUCGAAAUAUAAACGUUACGAAGGUAACAUAUGUUGUAUAUAAUUUUUUAUUUUUUCACUUCGAUUACGCAGAGGCGACCGACGUCGUUACAGUUUACCUGCCACGUUCGAACGACGAAAUGUACUGUACGAAAUACCGGUGUUCUCCGCGCGUUCUCCGUUGUGCACGACGAGUGACGAAAACCGUGGACAAUGUAUAACGUGACGGGUCAUACGGGCACAACGUUAUUUUCGGGUUGUCCAAAUAUCAAUUUCUAACACUGAAAUCGACGGUAAACAAUACGUUUUCGCGAAUACGGACGGUCAAUUUGAUUUUGAUUUUUACUUUUUGAUGCGUUUACAACAAAACACCAAUAUUUACGUGAAAUAGAGCGACGUAUUAUAAAAAAGAAAAAAAAAGAGAAAACAUGAAAACAACAUUACAAUUCUGCGAUUUUCCGUGCUCAUAACGGACGUGAAUUGUGUUACACGUUGUGCAGCAUUCGUAAUUUUGUCUGAUUGAUAAGUUGACCGAGAGGGCAACACUGUGCAAAACAUUAUGUGUGCAGCCGGCAUCAUACUUUGAACCUGUUUUCACUUGUUCCACCGGCGACCAGUUGUUCGCGUACUUCACGUCGCUGUCAAUGUGUUUCGACGUCGUUUGUCCGUGAUCAUUUCGUUUUGAAUAUUUUAUUCGUUUAAAACAACGUGAACUGGUAUAAAAUAAAAAGUUUCAAUUGAGUGAUGCUUUAAAAUCAGAAGUGGGGAACCCUUCAAUAUGGAUAGGCCCAAGAGGCCUUUUUUUUCAUUAAAAACACCGAAAAAAGAUGAUCCCCCGCAAGAUAACGUACCUCAGAAGAAAUCAUUCAAAGAUAAAGUUGAUUUUUUCGAAAAAACAAACGUAUCUGAAGAAAGCCAAGAUGCUGCUGUUGGUACUGGGGGAUUAUGUGAUGGGUCGAGUGAUGAAACUUUCGAGCAAGUGCUCGAAGAACGUGAUGUGUACACUAAAGAUGGUCGAAAAAAAGGCAAAAUGGUCAUUGUGAACAUGGUUACGGUACACAAGAGUGUAAAAACUAUUAAUAGUCCUGAAUCGAGUCCUGUGGUCAAACAAUCGCUGUCAUUUGAUCGAGAAAACCCAAUAAGCAGAUCCUCAUCCCGAGAUAGUAUUUCUUCACCGCAAAGUUGGAGGAAAUCAUUUGUUGGUACUCGGUCACAAUUUGAUUUACACAUUGAAGAAAUAAAAAACGAACAGGAGAGAGUGCAGAAGAAGACUUUUGUAAACUGGAUAAACUCGUAUUUGUGUCAAAGGAUACCACCCCUAAAAAUUGAUGAUUUAAUCGAAGAUCUUAAAGAUGGUACGAAAUUACUUGCAUUAUUGGAAGUCUUGUCUGGAGAAAGACUGGCUAUUGAGCGUAGUCGAAACAUGAGGAGACCACAUUUUUUGAGUAACGUAAAUAGUGCAAUACAAUUUUUACAGAGUAAACGAAUUAAAUUGGUAAACAUAAACUCGGCUGAUAUUGUUGAUGGGCGACCUCCUAUUGUUUUAGGUCUUAUCUGGACUAUAAUUUUGUAUUUCCAGCUUCAUAAAAAAGGAAUUACAGUAACUAAUGACAUUGAAGAAAAUACAAAAGGACUGACAUCAUUAAACUAUUCUUUUAGUGGAAGCACGAGUAGCUUAGAAAGCAUUCGAUCACCUACAAUGGAAAUCAGCAAAAAGGCAGAUGGUGCUAAAAAAACGUUGUUAAAAUGGGUUGGAACCGUAAUUCCUAAGGAAAGUAACAUAAAAGUAAAAGAUUUUGGACCAAGUUGGAGAGAUGGUAUAGCUUUCCUUACCAUCAUAGAUACUAUAAAAACUAAUUUAAUCGACAUAACUACUUUGAAAAAUGAAACUAAUCGUAUAAGAUUAGAAACUGCAUUCAAUGUUGCUGAACAAGAUUUAGGAAUAGCUCGAUUACUGGAUCCUGAAGACGUUGAUGUAGAUCGACCUGAUGAAAGAUCAGUUAUGACUUAUGUUGCACAAUUUGUACAUAAAUAUCCCGAAGUUCGCAGUGAAAGUGGAGAAUCAAUUGAUAAAAUACAAAAAGAUUAUAAUUUGCUAUUGUCAUGGUUAACUGAAAGAACUCAAUAUUUGUCUUGGCCUCAAAAUUUAUCUCAAGAUUUUUCGGAAUUUUCCAAAUCCCAAGAUGAAAUGGUAGAAAUGAGUAGUAUAUUCAACAGGUUGAAAAAAAUAUGUAAUUCUGGAUCAUCAAUCAGUAUUUCUGGGCAAUCAUGGAAAGAAUUAGAGAGACUUUGGAUGUUACUAGAUAAUUUAAUGAAAAAUUGGCAAUGGCAGUUAGAUCUCUGUCUACCUCAACCAUUUAAAGUUAUUGGAGAAUGGGUCACAAAAGCUGAGCAGCUUAUAAAUGAUAAUACCAUUCCAUCAGUUAUGAAUGAAGAGACAGCUGUAAUAAUUAGCAGAAAAUUGGAAGAUCAUAAGUUAUUUUUUGCCGAUUUACCCGAAGUUCAACAAAAAUUCAAUGAACUCUUAGUAAAAACUAAAAGUCAAAAUAGAGAAGUAAAUAAUCUAUCAAGACGUCUUGAUGCUAUUGAAGUAGAUUCACAUAAGCGGCGUACUUAUCUAAAAUUUUUGGAGCACAAGUGUUGUUUAAUUGCAUUUUUGAAUUUGACUGAAAAUAAACUAAAAGCAUGGACUGUUAAAUAUGGCCGUCAACAGGACGUUUUGCAACUUCUCGAAAAAUACAACAAUUUCGUUAUAGGAAACAAUAUAUUUCAAGAAUUUAAUAAGGCAUUUAUAGACAUGCAGAAUGUCGUACAAGAGUAUAAACAAGAGUGCAGUGUAGAAUAUAGAGAUUCUAUUGCUAUUGAAAAAUUUAUGAGACAGACAGCUGAACAAUGGAAAAGUAUUGCAAUGGAAUUAAGAUGUGCACAAAGCAUGCUCGAAGAAGUCAUAUCCUAUUGGAGGCGAUGGAGUAAAAUAUCUGAAGAAAUGAAAUUAUGGUUAGCGGAUGCUGUUAUAAAAGUUGAUUUGCCACAUGAACAGAAAAUCGAUUUCUUUCAAGAUAUUGGUGUUUGGAAAGAAAAAUAUGAGUUGCUUAAUGAUACAGUUAGCUUUUUAGUGGCAACAUGUGAAGAUUCAAUUAGUGCCGAAUUAAAACAAGAAUUUCUUAGUAUAACAAGUGCUUGGGAAAGUAUAUUCAUGAAAACUAAAAAUCACAUGCAUUCUGGUGAUAUGAUCAGAAACAGAAAAGAAUAUUUAGAAGGAUUAGACAUAUUACACAAAUGGAAUAUUCGUGCAGAACACAUUAUGUCAUCAAUACAUUUGAGCUCGUCGCGGAAAAUUAAAGAUUACUUAAACGAUAUCCAAAUACUUCAAACACAAUUAGAUGAAAUGGAUGAUCUUUUUAAGGCAAUCAGUAAAAAGUUUCAAUUAUUAAUAAAAGAUUUAACGAGAGAUGAAGUCAACGAGAUGAUGCUAUGUAUAAAAAAAGAAAAGGAAUCUCUUGUCAAUAUUAGAGCGAGUAUACCUAUACAAUUAAAUGCACUUCAUCAUAUGCUUGUUCAAUAUGAUGCUCUUGAAACAGGUCAAAAAGAAAUAAACGAUUGGUUAAAUAGUUGUGAUGAAUUUUUGAGUACAUUAAAAUUAAGUAAAAAUCGAGAAGAACUGUAUAGUGAUAUUGAUUAUUUGAAGAGCAUAUUAAUUCGUAUGUCCUACUACCAGUCUAUGUUAUCAAGUAAGAAUAAAAUAUUCCAAAGCAUUAUUAAAUCAAUACAACCGGAUAAUGAACAAGAAAGCAAUGCUGAGUUUGUACAAACAAUGGCUGAUUUAAAUGCAAGGUUUUCAAGAAUUACUCAAGAGUGUCAACAUUGGGAUAUGAAAUUACAACAAACUUUAAGAUGCUGGCAUAAUUUUGUUGAAGUGGAAAAUGUGAUACUAGAUUGGAUUGAAACUAGUAAAAAAAUAUUUUCAGAAGAAAUGACAAGCUUAAGGCAAACUUUAGAAUCCCAAAAAGAUUAUUUUGAGUUUUCCAAUAAUAAUAAAUGGAUUACGGAAUUGGAUACUGUUGAGGAUGAACUACUUAGAUGUAUUGUACCCAGUGAACAAGAAUCAAUAAGAAAUAGAUCCAAAGCAAUAAAAUUGAAAUACCAAGAAUGUUUAAGUAUGGUUCCUGAAUACCUGACAAGAGUUGAAUUUAAACUAAAUGAAAUUACAUUCAAUCAAUGUAUGAAUGAGGCAGAAAAAGAACUUAAUAUUGAGCAACAGAUGUUCAGUAGAAAUGAUAAUGUUAACUUGGUACUCAAUCGAAAUAUUGAAUACUUUGAUAAUGGCGUGAUAUUUAAAGAACUUAAAUCAUGUUUAAAUAAUAUGACUGUCGCUAGUAAAAUAAUAGCUAAUCCAUCACUGGAUUCUACAUUAAACAAAUCAAUCAAUCGAUUUAAAAACAUAGAAAAAAGAAAUAUAGAAAUGAGACAAAAAUGCAAACAAAUACCUAAUCAGUUUCAAGAUUACAAAUCUAAAUUUAACGAUAUUGAGAAAUGGAUGAACGCAGUUGAUAUAAGCGUUCAACGAUUGUUAAAAGGACUUUUAAAUGACGAAGAAUUUGAAAAAGAAAAAUUCAUAUUCCAAGAAAUAUGCCACGAUGUUGAUAGCAAACGUGAUGAUAUGAAGUGGAUGGUUCAAAUAUUGGAUAGUCUUUUACCAUACAUACCUCAAGAACAGCAACAAGUAGAACAGAAAAAUUUAGAAAAUCUUAUUGCUCGUUAUAAGCAUUUAAUACCAACUAUAGACAUGACUAUAACCAAAACCGAAAUGUAUACUAAAUGUUUUAUAUAUAAAAAAGAAGUAACAGAAAUUGGAAAUAUUCUACAAAAGACUAAAGAAGAACAGUUAUCUAAAAAAGGUGAGUCAUGGGAUGAUUUAAAUGGACUAAUAACAAAUCAGGAACAAAUAAUUGAAGAACUUGAGAAGCAACGAGUAAUAGUUAUGUCAACAUUGCAACGAGGCAAGCAACUAGCUAAACAUUCUACUUCCGUGCCAAACUUUAUUCCACAACUUGUUACUAAACUGGAAACAGAUUGGAGUGUUGUAUAUAAUGAAUCAAUUGAUAAGUUCAACAAAUUAAAAAAUGCUCAAAAGCUUUUAAUAGAAUACACGAAAACUAAAAAUGAAGUAAUGGAAAUAAUCAGAAAAGCUGAAAAUGAACUAAAAACAAUAUCUGAUGAUAAUAAACAUAACUCAAAAGAAAUCUCAAUGCAAUUAAGAAGUAAACAAGAAUUAAGUCUCGCAUUGCGAGAAGCUGCUGAAAGUCUGUUAAAUAAGUUGAAAGAUAUAUCGCAAAAUUUACAUAUCCCAGAAAAACAAUUUGAUAUUGAAAACGAAAUUAAUGCAAUUGAAAGUCAAUUAGAAAAUACUAUGCAAACAGUGAAUAAAGAAACACAGAGAUUGGAAAAGCUUUCAAUGAAACUAUGUGAACUAGAUUCAGGAUUGAAUAAAAUUCAUAUUUGGUCCGUAGAAUCUGCUCCAGCAGUUAUAGAAAGAAUACAGAAAGAUGAAUCAAAUCCAGAAAUGAAAGCUCGAGGAAUGGAACAAGUUCAAGACGAAUUACAAAAACGAAGAAAUAGCUUAGAACGAUUAACACAAGAUAUACAAAGUUUUGAAAAAGAAACCGAUACUAGCGAAACGCAAAAACUUAGACAAGACUUGGAUGAAGUUAGAAUGUCUAUAUUAAAUUUAGAAUGCAAUACUAAUCGCAAAAAUGAAGAAAUUAAUAUUGAUCUUAAUGAGUGGCAAAUUCAUAAAGCAAAAUUAGAAGAAAUUAGACCUUGGCUAGAGAAUGCUGAAAAAAAAAUUAAUACUGACUAUGUUAAACCAAUUACAUUGCAAUUUGCAAAUGAUUGGUUAGAAAAUGCAAAAUUAAUGGAUUCGGAAUGCAAAGAAAAAAUUGAAAAUCUUAAGGCAAUAACAACCGAAAAUAAAACUGCUGUUAUUUUGAACGAAGUAGAUGCAAUACAAUCUCGUUGUAUAUCGGUACAGUCAUCUGCAAUUCAACAAUCUACCCGUCUCCAAAGGUUGUUAUUAAAUUGGAAUGAGUUAAUCGACAAAACUCAAAAAAUAGAAGAUAAACUAAACCAACCAAAAUUAUCAAAAUUAAAUGCUUUAAUAAUAAGUCAAUCACUUUCAGAAGAUAUACUUGAAAAAAAACUAUUGGAACACAAAGUAUUACAUCAAGAACUUAUCGAAUGUCAAAGUGAAAUUUCUAGUCUUUCACAGAGCUUAAAUGGAAUUAGUCAACAGUUUACAACCGAGACUACAAAUGAUGUGAAGGAUAAAUUAGCCAAUUUAAAAAGCAAAAAUAACGAAUACUUAAAGCUAGUGCAUGAACACAUGCAAACUAUUUCCAAUAUAAUUUUAGACAAAAAAGAACACAACAUCAAAUUUAAUACAUUUUGUGAAUGGUUGAAUGAACUGGAUUCAAAAGUAAGCAAAUGUAAUGUUGUUUCAAGUAAUACAAUUGAGCAAACACUAAAGAAGCUGCACUCCUUUACUGAAGAACAUAUGGAAAAACAAUCAUUAUUUAUUGAAAUUGAAGACAAUUUUAAAAAUUUUGAUAACAAUUCUGCAGUACAACAAUCAAUUAUGCAAUUUAAAGGCAUUCAAGAUCUUAUGCAACAGAAAAAAAUUGUACUGGAAAAAGCGAAUGAAUUCAUUAUUUGGAAAGAGACAUUAUUAGGAAAAUUAAGUCAUAUUGAAUUUCAAUUUGAUGCUAAUCAAGCUAAUAUAACCUUAAUAGAUUAUGUGGAUAAAUGUUCAGAAGAAGUUGAACUCUGGAAACAAAAUAUAGACUCAAUUGAAAAUUUAUUGCAACAAAGUAAAACUACUAUUCCCGGAUCAUCAAUUGCAGACCAAUUUAAAGAAGUAGAACUGAAAUUGGUUAACAUUCAAGAAAAACUUAAAAAAAAAGAAGAAAACGAACAUAAAAUAAAGAACUGUCAAAAAGUUAUCAAUAAAAUGAAUGAUGAUUUGGUUAAACGAAUUAAAAUGAUAGGAAGUAAAAUUGAUAACCACAAAUCUUCUGCGAAAUCAUUAAAUGAUAUCAAUGUUAUCCUUCCAAAAAUACAAGAAUUAACUGAAACAAAUGAAUUAAUUGAACAACUUAAAAAUUUGGAAGAGGAAGGUGCAAUUUUAAUUCAGCUCGACAAAAGUAAAUCGAUAUUUGUUAAGAAUAUUUUACUAGAAGUAAAUACCGAUUUGGCUAAUUUAAACACUGCAGCUGAACACGAAAUAACAAGUUUAAAAGAAAUUAACGACAAUUGGUUAAAAAUCAAUGAUAUUCAAAAUAAAAUAAAAUCCACUAAAGAAGAGUGGAAAGUUAUAUUAGAGUCAAUAGAGUCACCGAAUGAUUUAACUGAAGCUCAAGCAGUAGAAGAAAAAUACAAUAAAGCUCUAAAACAAAGUACAGCUAUAAUCGAUGUUUUACCUGUAACGGAAGAGUCCCUUCAAAAGUUGAUGAUAUUGGCAGAAAACUAUCCAAAACUAAAUGUUAAAAAAAUUAAUCAAAAUUAUAAAAAUGACGUAGAGAGUUGGGAAAAAUUUCACAAGGAAAUUAAAAAGAACGCUGAAAUUGCACAUUCUCAACAAGUAAUUUGGAAACAAGUGAACCAGGCUAAAGAUAGUAUUUUGCAAUGGCUAUCAGAUGUCAACAUUGAGCUUUUAGAUUGCACCUCUAAUUUCGAUGAUAUCGAAAAAAUUAAAAGCAAACUUUUUAAAUAUUCAGAAGAAAAAGAUAUUAAUUUAGCGUUAAAAAACAAUCUUGUUGAAAAAAUUAAUAAGUUACAAAAACUAAAUGGAGGUAGGCCAAUCCUAACAUUAGAUUCAUUGUGUGCAUUGAUGGAUGACCAAUUUACUGGUGUUGAAAGUAUAGCUUGCAAUUUAGUGGGUCUUGUUAGUGAGUUUUCUCAACAAGAAGAAGCAAUAAGAUUUGAAAUAAAAAAACGCACUUCUGAAAUUAAUCAAAUACGUGAAAACGUUAUCAAGUGUGAUAAUCUGAAUAAUGAACUAGAUGCAUUGUUGAUCAAUUUAAAAUCUUGUCAAAAAUGUAAAAAUGAACUAAUAAAAAUGAAUUUAAAUAUAGAUGCCGUUAACCAUUCAGUAUCAGAGAUGACCGAAACUUACCCAAUUAUUUCUGAAUCUACAAUAAUUAAAGAACUAAAAAGCCUUAAAAAACGAUAUGAAAGUGUUGUACAACAGGUUGACAAAGUAGAAACUACAUUAAUGACAUAUUUAAAAAAACAUUUAGAAGAUGAUUUGACCAACCUUUUACAUUCAAUUAAAAGUGCUGAUGAAAAGUUAACAUGGUGUAAACCAGAAGAAGAAAUCGAAAAAGAACAAAUAGAAAUCAAACUUCGUUCUGUUGAAGACAUUAAAGGAAACUUGAAAACAAUUAAGGAACAAAAAUUUAAAAUAGAUUAUGUUUUAGAUUAUCUUAAUCAAUAUUCUUCGGCGGAUCUGAGUUUAGACAAAAUAAGUAAUAAUAAUGAAUUAUUAAGCGUAAAAAUUGAAAAUACUGAAAAAGAAAUUAAGGAACGAGAAACGACACUUGCAAAAAUCAUAAAUAUGUGGGUUGAAUAUCAAAUUGUUUUGGAUGAUAUUAUUCCAUCGGUUAAUAUCUUAGAUAAUGAUGUAAAAACAUCUGUAGACAUUUCUAUUGAUAUGAACUCUAUAAAUAUUGCGGAAGAAAAUAUAAAUAAAUACAAAAUAAAAGUAAAUGAGGCUAAUCAACUUUUGAAUAAACUUGUACAUUGUGUUGAAAAUAUAAAAAUAUUUCACAGUAAAUCAACAUUAGAAAAUCAAGCGAUAAAAAUUAAACGAAAAUUGGAAUCGUACCAGAAUAGUAUUGAUAAAUGCCUUGAUAGAAUAAAUCGUUUAAAAGAAAUGAAAAAAGAAUUUAAUACUUCGUAUGAAAAAGCUAUUGCUUUUAUAAAAGAAUUAAAUAGUAAAUUAAAAUCGAUUGAAACUGCUCAGAAUGCAGGAAAAGCAUCUAUUCAGAAUGCUCAAUCGGAUUUAGCGACAUUGAAAAAUCUAAAUAAACAACUUGAAGAAAAUCAACAAUUAAUAAAUGAUACUAUUUCAAAAGGUGAAUGUAUGUAUCCAGAUAUAACAAUGGAAAAUCGCGAAGAAAUAAGAUCAAAAGUUAAACAAUUAAGAUUGGACUGUGAAAAUUUUAACGAUGAAUGUGGAAAUAUUACGAAAAACAUUGAAAACGCCUUAGUACAAAAAUCAUCUUUUAAUGAAAGUUUUAAUCAAAUUCAGAAUUGUCUUCAUGAAAUGGAAGAAAAAUUUAUCGACUUAAAAAAAGCAAAACGAAAUAAUAUUAUGGAUAAGGGAACCAAUUGUAACAAUUUAAAAACAUUAAAACAAGAUCUUAUUGCUUAUAAGGAUGUAAUUGAUCAAUUGAAAGAAAAAGUAACACAAUUAAAUGAACCAGAUGCUAAUACAAAACUUCAAGAUAUAUUAAAAAAAUAUACAAGUAUUUCAUCGGAUGUGAAUAAACGUUUAAAACUAAAUGAGUCUCACUUAAAAAAUCACGAGUUGUAUUUAGAAAACGUAGAAUCAUUCAAAAAUUAUCUUAAAAUAUUACAAGAUGAGUAUUCAGUUGCAAUUGAUAAUCAUUCAGAAACAAAUACAGAUGUUUUUAUGAAUAUAAUCAAUCAAAAAGCUGAUGGUGAAAUUUUAUUAGAAAAAUGUUGCAACAUUGGAGGUAUAGUAUUGAAAGAAACUGAUGCUAAUGGUAAAUCUACAGUUCAGGAUGAACUCAAUAAACAAAAAACGAAUUGGAAAAGUUUGAUAUUAAAUUGUGAAAAUACAUUAAAAAUGUUAAAUCAAAAACAAAAUCAGUAUGAUGAAGUUUUAACUAAAAUAGAAAAUUUAGAUAAAUAUUUAAAAUCAAUUGAGACUCAAAUAAAAGAAAGAAGUUUAAAAAAUUCGUCAGCAAGUAAACAACAAUAUUUAGAAAAACUUAAACUUUUAGACGAAGAUAUCACGAAAAAACAUAAAGAAAUUUUGGAAAUACAAUCUGAUAUUGUAGAAGUUUCACCUGAUGUUAAUAAUGCAAUUACUAAUUUAAUGAAAACGUAUCAAAAUGUUAAGACCAGAACAAAGGAAUCAAUUUUAAAGUAUGAAAACUUUGUACGAGAACACCAGCAUUUUGAUUUGAGUUAUAAAGAGUUUCUUGAAUUAGUUAAAAGUUUAGCAGAGGAACUAAAACAACACAGUGAAGUUGUUGGUGAUUUAGGACUCUUACAAGAAAGACAAAAAAAACUACUUGCAUUAUCAGAUUCAAAGUGUCAACAAAGUGUGCAAUAUGAAUCUCUAGUAAAUAUGGCAGAAAAGCUAUAUGCUCAAACUUCUCCUGAUGGAAGAGAAAUCAUUCGACAACAUAUGAAGGAUUUAAGAAUUGCAUGGGAGUCAGUUUCUGAAAAUUUGCAAUGUAGUCUCAGUAAACUUGAUAAUUGCUUAAUGCAGUUCGCAGAAUUUUCGUUAUCUCAAGAACAGUUAACCAAAUGGCUAAAAAAUAUUGAGCAAGCAAUGCAACAACACACUGAAACAAAAGCAACUUUACAAGAAAAAAGAGCUCAACUUCAGAAUCAUGUUGUUAUAAACCAAGAAAUAAUGUCUCAUCAAACACUUGUACAAUCAGUAUGUGACAAAGCUCAAGAACUUGUAAAUCAAACUAAAGACAACACAUUAAACACGUAUUUGGAAUCCAUUAAAAGCCUUUAUGAAAAAAUUGUUACAAAAUCUAAGGAGUUAAUGGAUUCAUUAGAUCUAUCUGUACAAAAUCAUUCUGAAUUUAACCAAAUCUGUCAGAAACUUAAAUUAAUGUUGAAAGAACAACGUAAUAAAAUAAGAGAAAAUAACAAUAUUUCCGCUGAAAAAGACGUGAUUAUUAAAAGAAUCACAAUACUCAAAGAAAUGAAAACAGCAAGUAUAGCUGAAAGAAAUUUGCGAAAUCACCUAGAAGAAGUAUUUAAAUUAGUAAGCAAAACUACAACGAAAAAAGGAGUUAAUUUUAUGACAAAAGAAAUAUCAAAAAUAGAUAAUGAUAAAGCACAAUUAAUUGUAGAAAUUGAUAAUAUCAUUGAAAAAAUGGAAGAAAUAAUUAUUCAAUGGACAGACUUUGAAAACGAAUUUGAUGAAAUAACAACUUGGUUUAGAUUAAUUGAAUCGUUUAUGAAAGAUCAACAAUUGCAAUCAACAUUCGACAGCAAAGAAAAUAAAUUAAAUCUUUUUGCGGAAAAACGUAAUAAAAUAUUAAAUUAUGAACCCAAAAUAGAGAAAUUCACUGAUAACUCUAAUAAUUUAUUGCACACAAGUGGAGUAGAACGUUUAAAACCACUUAUACUCCAAGUUGGAAAUCGGUAUCAAUUAAUUCUAGUGCUUAGUAAAGAAAUGGUAGCCAAAUGGCAAAAUAUUUCUGAUGAGCACAAGAAUUUUAAUAAUAAAUUAGCUGAAUUCAAAUUACGGUUAGAAACUUUGGAAAGCAAACCAGUCCAAAUUUUGAAUGACGAUGACUUAGAUUCAAACAAAAAAUUAUCACAAUUGCAAGCAAUUUAUGGGAAUUCUGAUCAAACAUCAGGAAAGAUAUCAUUAUUAACAUCUCUGGGGGAAAGCUUAUUCCCUGAUACAUCUGCUGCUGGACGAGAAACCAUUCGUGAACAGCUUAAAGAAAUUCGAGAUAGAUGGGAUGCACUGGACGAACAAAUUAAAACAGCCCAAAAGGCUCUGGGAAUACAAUCACAACAAUGGAAUAGUUAUCAAGAAACUCUUUUACAGACCAUUAAUUGGUUGGAUAGUAUUGAAAAAGCAAUUGCAUCAAACCAAUCACCUACAUGGUCAUCUCCACAAGAAAUAAGAUCAAAACUUCUAAAGCAAAAAGCAACAAUGCAAGAAAUAAAUUCUCAUAGUAGAAUGAUUGAAACCAUAAUGGAGAAAGGAAAAAUUAUAAAGAAGCCUAAAGAUAAAAUUGAUUUAGAAUUAUCGUUAAAAGAUAGAUAUGAUUUAUUACGUGAAAAAAUGAAUAAUUCUAUUACUCAACUAGAAAACUAUUUAGAGACUUAUCAGCAGUACCAAGAUUUACAUAAAUCAUACCAAGAUACUCAAAAACAGCUAUGGGAUCAACUUUCAACUUAUACAGAUUAUUCGGGAAAUAAACAAAUUUUAGAAUCAAGAUUAAAUAAAGUAAAUGUUAUACAAACUACGUUUGAUAAUAACAAAAUAACAUUAUUGACAAUGGAACGAUUUGUUGAAAAUUCGAAGAAUACGAUUCCACAAAAAGCAGUUGAUAUUAUGAUAAGGGAUCAUACAAAUUUACAAUUUGAACAAGAAAAAUUUCAAUCAUUGUUAAAUGAUUUAUUAGAAGGUUUAAAAAGUAGAAUAGAUCAAUGGGUGGAAUUUGAAAAUUUAAUGAAUCAGUUAAUUACAUGGCAUAACGAUACAGAAAAAAAAUUGCAAAAUUAUUCGGAAAAGGCUACGCUUGAAGAAAAAACUCAGCAAUACAAUAAAUUCCAGGACUUAGAAAAAGAAAUUAAAGGAAAAUCUAACUCUGUGAAAGAUUUAAUUGCAUUUGGUGAUCAUCUUCAACAAUCAUUAUUGGAAGAUAUGAAAAAAAAUGAUUUAGGCGUGGACAAACUUAUAGAUCAAUCUAGCGAGUACGAGUCAACUGGAGAAGCACGUUUGUCAACGAGAGUAAAACAAAUAUCAUCUCGCUAUCAGUCAAUGCAAACUACGAUCAAGGACAUUUUAAACAAAUGUAACGAAUCAAUAAAAAUUCAUCAAGAUUAUGUUGAUAAGUACAACGAAUGUUCAAUUCAACUUUCGAAUGUUCAGAAUCAAUUUAAAAAUGUAAAUGAACUCCAUCCAUCGUCACAAGCUGUGCAUCAAUAUUUAAUCCAGAAAAAUGGAAAACUUAAUGAGUUAUUAGAUACAAAGCCAAAUGUCUCAUCAUUAUUAAAUAGCUGCAUCGAAUUAGGAGAAAAAUUGUAUUUGAGCACAUCUACAUCUGGAAGAGAUAAUAUCAAACUUCAGUUGGAAGAGCUUCAAACAGUAUUUGAUACUUUAUACGAUGAUAUUUUGAACAUCAAUAGAGAAGUUAAAGAUCAAUUAACUAAAUGGGGUGGAUUUGAAGAACUAUAUAAUGAAUUAAAUCAAUGGCUAAAUAACACCAAACAAGUAUUAAAUAAAGAUUUAUUACUCAAAUCAACGUUGGACGAGAAAAAAAUGCAGUUACAAAUUUAUAGAGAUAUGCUCCAAGCUGCGUUGAAAAAAAAACAAGAUAUUGUGAAACUACAGGAUCUUAUUGGAAGAAUGCAGAUGCAAGAAAACAAUGAUAUACUUUUGAUUUCUAUAAGUAAACAACAUGAUGACAUUUUAAAACAAAUUCAAAAUUUUGUUGAUAAAUACGAGGCAAUUGUAAAAGAUCACGAACAAUAUACAAAAUCUGUAAUGGAAAUGCAAGAAUGGCUUGAUGCCACGCACAACACACUAAUGCUCUGGGGUGACAUAAACUUAGAAAAAAUUUCUUUGUUGAGUAAUCUGGAUCGAAUAAAGAAUUUGCUGUUGAGCCUUACAGAAGAAGAAAAUAGAAUACACAAUAUACAGAAACUAGCAGAAAAAGUGAUUCCUGGUACAGUUGAAAAUGGCCAAAUAAACAUUAGGGCGCAAAUUGAUUCAUCACAACAAGACUGGGAAGGGCUUGUAACAACUGUUAAAUCAUCAAUAGAAGCUUUAGAAAACAAACUCAAUAGUUGGAAUGAAUUUGAUACACUCAAGGAAUCAUGUUUAACAUGGUUACGAGAAACGGAUUAUAAAAUACAUGCUAUUGAUUUAAAAAAUUCAUUGGAAGAAAAGAAAUCUCAGUUUGAAGAACUAAAGGAAUUACAAGGAGUGAUACGAGCAAAAGAAUUUGAAAUUGACUCAAUCACAGACAAAUCUCAAAAUUUAUAUACGGUAUCAAUGUCUAGUAAAAAUUCUCAGGUUACAGAAAUCGUUCAAAAAUUCCAUCAACUUUCAAUGAAAAUAAAAGAAUUGGUUGGAAAAUGGCAACAAUUUGUAAACAACCAUUUAGAAUUUGAAAGUAGUCUAAGUGAAGCCAUUAUAUGGUUGGACACUGUUGAUGAUAAAUUAACAAGUUGUACAGAUUUUAAAUCCACUAGUAAAGCUGAUUUAGAAGAAAAACUUAUUGUUAUCCAAGAUAUAUUUUUGUAUAAAGAUGAUGGGUUUAGUAAAGUACAAAAUUGCAUUGAAAUAGGACAGAUAGUUUUAGCAAACACUGCACCUGAAGGCCACAAGCCAAUAAAUGAAUCAUUAAUAUCUCUACAAGAACAUUGGAGUAGUUUAGCAACAAAAAUGAUCGAGACCAAGACAAAUAUCGAUGAAUCAAUCCAACGAUGGUCAGGAUUUUUAGAACAUGUAAAACAAGUAGGAAAAAUAAUAGACAAAUUAGAGGAAGCAUUGCCCGAAUUAGAAGAAUUUCAAGGCACUAUGUCUGAAAAAAGGGAUCAAUUAGAGAAAUUAAAAAAUUUAGAUGAAAAAAUACGUUGUGAAAAAUUAGAGAUAGAUUCUUUGAAAUCAAAAGCACAUGAGAUGCUUAAAAAGGGUCAUCAGAGCAAUGCUGUUGCAGAAACACAAGAAGUGUUUAAUAAGUUUGAUAAUAUUUCAAAUAAAGUCAAAAAAUUACUGAAUCAACGCGAGCAACAAUAUAAAGAUCAUAAGACAUAUAAGGAAGCGUACGAAGAGUUAUCUAACUUUUUAAACAGAUCCCGGGAUAAAAUACCAUCAUUAAAAGAACGACCACUCAGUGAUAAAUUAGCAAUUGAAAAUGCAAUAACUCCACUAGAAUCACUUUUAAAUAAAAGAGCUCAAGGUGAAUUACUUUUGGAUAAUUUGAAUACAAUUGGAGGUAUUAUAAUUGCAAGUACCUCUGAAAACGGAGAGAAAAUAAUUAAAAAAGAAAUAUCGUCCAUAGCUGAAGAAUUGAACAAAUUAUUUGAUGAUAUAUCAGCUCAAAAAGAUAAUUUGCAUGCUAUUCAUACACACUGGAGGGAGUAUAAAGAUGAAUAUGAAAAACUAUCUGACUGGUUACAACAAAUAGAUAUAUCGAUGAAAGCUAUCAAGAAUACUCCAUUAGCAACUGUACUAGAAAAAACCGAUCAAGUGAAACAAAUUCAGGAUGUGUUAGAUAACUUAGAAAAAGGCAAAUCCAAUAUUGAUAAAUUUAAUGAAAGUUCGGGUCCACUAUUAAAGUCUCACCUUGAAACUUACGUCAACAAUCAGCUUAGACAUCUAAACUCUCGUUAUGAAGUUCAAGUGAAUUUAGCAAAGGAUGUUCAAAGGAAAGUAGAAACUAAUCUCGAGCAUCAUUUGCAAUACGAAAACUAUUUAGAAAAAGCUAAAACUUGGAUAAAUGACGCAAAAGAACUAAUCAGAUAUGGAAAUGAAUCAACAGCUAAUACAAGCAAAGAAGAUUUACAAGCUCGUCUUGAUAAAAUAUUGGAACUAUUAAAAUCGCAAGAAGAAGGUCAAUUAAUUAUCCACUCUACAGUGAAUUCUGGUGAAAAAGUUCUUAGAAGUACUAGAUCUGAUGGAAAAGAUCUGAUAAACAAACAACUAAAAGAAAUUCAAAUGGACUGGGAUAGACUUGUGAAAAAAAUAGCAACAUCUAAAGUUCAUAUUGAAACAAGCCUUUUACAAUGGGCUGACUAUAAUUCAUCAUAUUCACACUUGGAACAAUGGAUUACUGAUCGCGAAGCUAAAUUGGAAGAAGUUUGCGAACUAAAGGUAACAAAGUCCAAAAAAAACCAAGCUGGUAUUGGGUCAUUGAGUAUUGGAGAACGAAAAGCGACAUUACGUCGAACAAAUAGCAUUGUACAAGAUAUUGUUUCCUUUGAACCUAUGAUUCAAAAGGUGACGCUUAAAGCGGAAGACUUGCAACAAGCAGCACCUGCAAAUGAAAUAUCGAAUAAAUAUCAUACAUUAAGUAUUAAAGCUAAAGAUCUGUAUGAGAAGCAGAAAGAAAUUGUUAGAUUACAUCAAGAGUUUAUUGAUGCUGGAAAUGAUUUUGCUUCAUGGCUACGAUCGGUCAAAGAACGUGCAAGCAAAAUAUCUGAGCCAACAGGAGAUAAAGAAAUGUUGAGUGCUAAAUCAGUCCAAUUUAAGGUAUUACAGAGUGAAUUACCUGAAGGACAAAAAAAGUUAGAGGUAGCUCUCGAAAGGGCAGAGAAAGCUUGUUCGUUGGCCGAUGAAGAAGAAAAAGAAAUAAUUGAACAAGAAGUAGUAAUGCUACAAGAAGAAUUUGAUAUACAUAAUGAUACACUUCAAAAAACCAAAGCGUUAUUAGAAGAUGGGAUUUAUAAAUGGAAUGAUUUUGAUGAUUAUUCUAAAGUUGCAACAGAAUGGUUGAAUAAUACUGAACAACUAGUACAAUCAUAUAAUAAAUUACAGCCAAGUCUGGAAGGAAAAAAAGAAGCGUUAGAAGAAUUUCAAACUCAUUUACAAACAUUGUUUGAUUGGCAGAAGGAAUUGGAUAUAUUAAAUGGAAAAGCUCAGGUUCUUUUGGAAACGUGUUCUGACACACGUUUGUCAAACUCGAUAACUCAAAUGACCACUAAGUACAAUACAUUGCUUUCUUUGGCAAAAGAGGUCAUGCGACGUUUAGAAUUACAUUAUCAAGAACAUCAACAACAUAAUUCAUUAUACCAAGAGUGUAUGGAUUGGUUUGAAAGAACUCGAGAUAAGUUAAAUGAAUGUGAAGAGAUACCCAAUAGCUUAAAUGAAGUAAAAAGUAAAUUGCAAAGCUUAAAAGUAAUUAGACAAACACUUGAACAAGGUCAAAACCGAUUAAGAUACAUAAUGGAAUUAAAAGAAAAAGUUGUACUUAGUACUGAGCCUCAAGGUACGAUUAAGAUCGAAGAAGAUACUGAAAAUUUAAGACAAGAGUUUGAUAAACUUUCAAACAAAAUUCAAGUAUGUAACAAUAAUUUAAUACUGAGAGUAUCACAGCUUGAAGAACUAGAGAAAUGUAUAAAAAUACUUAAUGAAUGUUUGGAUGAUAUCACCUCUAAAAUCAAUGGAAAUGAUCUAGAACAACCACUAAAUGAUUUAAGUGAAAAGAAAACGGCGUAUGAAAAAUUAAAUUCCUUACUUCGAGAACUAAAUACUCACAAAGAUUUAGUUAACCGUUUAUCGACCAAUAAUGAUGAGAAGUCUCCUUUACCUCAAGAAUCAACUACUUGCAUAACAAGAUACAAUAAUAUUACCGAUUUGAUAAACAAUAAAUUAUCAAUCAUGGGAAAUCAAGUUACUGAACAUGAAGCUUAUAGAAAUGCAUUAAUAAAUGUAAAUGAUUGGUUGCGGAAAACAAGAGUUGCAGUUCAAGGCUGUGCUGAUACACAUGGCGAUUGUAAAAAUAAUGCUUCUAAAAUCACGCAGCUAAAAGCUAUCGAAGAAUCUUCUCAAAAUGGAGAAGGAAUGAUUAAGGAUAUUUUAGGAUUAAUUGAAUCCCUUAAAAAUAGUACUGGACCAGAAGGUUGUGAUAAGUUGAACCAAGAUAAAAAUCAAUUGAACAAUGAUUGGGAUGAGCUGAAACAUUUUAUUAAGGAAAUUCAAUCGGCAUUAAGUAAAUGUGCUAAGGCUUGGGAUGAUUUCAAUAUAGUAUUUAAUGCAUUAAAAGAUUGGGAAACUGAUUUGACAAGAAAAGUAAACGCAGCUUCUUCUUCUAAUGAAACAUAUACUCCGGAUGAUCUAGAUCAGUAUAAAUUUUGGUUACAAGAAAUCAUUAAUCAAAAUGUCUCUAUUGAAGAACUUACUGAUCGAUGUGAACUGUUGAUGGAGUUAAGUGCUUGCAAUUGGGUUAGGGAUGAUACACUUAAAAUACAAUCAUCGUAUACAACAUUACUAACUACAACUCAAGGACUUGUUUCUAAAGCAGAAAAAAAUUUAACUGAUCAUACUGAAUUUAUUGCUGCAAAAGAAAAGGUUGAGGAAUGGUUAAAUCGCGCUCAUGGUACAGUCCAAGAUUGCAUUGGUGAAGGUGAUUUGGGUUGGGUUAAAGAUAAACUGCAAACAGUAAACCUUGUAUCUUCGAGAAUAACAGAAGGUCAAUAUUUAAUGAACGGCAUGCAAGAAGUGUUUACAAAAGCGUUAAACAAUACAUUAGCUGCAGAAAGAAAUGCGUUAGUGGAUGCAAUGGAAGAAUUAAACAAUAGUUGGAACAGUUUAAACAUUGAUUUGAAUUCGGUUAUUGCUCAUUUAAAAUCUCUUCAAGCACGAUGGGAAGAAAAUAAUGAAGCUAAAGAAAACCUCGAGAAAUGGUUAAGCUCAUUGGAAUCUAAAAUCUUAGAAAAACAUGAUUUUAAGGCUGAUGUUGGUGAAAUGAAAACACUUUUUGAAAGGUUAAAUCAUAUGAUAAAUGAAAUUGAUGAAAAAGAAACUGAUUUCAAUCACGUUAUAUUCGAAACUGAAGAACUCUCGAAAUUUUGUAAGAAUAAUCAUUUGAACACUGACAUUAAACAGUUGAAAACUAGAAAAAAUAUUCUCAAAGAAAAAACGUUGAAACGUAAAGAUAGCUUGGAAAAUGAAAUAUUGCAACACUCCAACUAUUUGCAAGCACUUCAAGAGUCAGAAAAGUGGUUACUUCAAAUAUCGUUUCAACUUAUGGCUCAUAAUUCAUUAUAUAUCACUAACAGAAUACAGACUCAAGAACAAAUAAAACAUCACCAAGUCUUACUUAAUGAAAUAAUACAGUUUCAAGAUGUGUUAGAUGAUUUAAAAUCUAAAGGAAAUGCGCAAAUCAAUCGUUAUGCUUCAUCUACUCCGUCAAUCCAGUCAACAGUCGAACAGCAAUUGAGUAACAUUCAAGAUAGUUAUAAUUCAUUGUAUAACACUGCUCAGCAAAUAAAAGCUAGACUAGAAGAAUCGCUAUUGAAAUUCAAACAAUAUGAAGAUAUGUUAGAAAGUAUUUGGUCAAAUUUAGAUGAUUAUGAACCUCUUAUGAACAAAAGCCUAGACGAAAAUUGGUCACUUGAAGAAUCCAAAGAAAAAUUGACACUUUACCGGGAUCUUUUGAAUAAGUUACAAGGUGAAAAAACUAGAUUAGCUUUAGCUGUACAAGCAUGCGAGGCAGCAGUAGCUAGUAUUUCAAGACCUAGUAGUCCUGUAGAAUCCAACAACUCUCAGAUUCCAGAACAAGAGAUUGCCAUUCGUUUACGCUUAGAAGAAUAUCUGGAUCAGAAAAUCAAACAGACUUCAGAACCAUCUGUAGUGUUAUUAUCAAUGCUUCAACACUUAGAAGAUACCGGAAUACCUAAACUACUAAUCACAUUUACUGACUAUGUACAAAACUUUGUUGAUGAUUUGGUAAAUAUGAUAUCAGUUUUGGAAAACAAACAUAACCAACGAUCGAAAAUAUAUGAAUGGAUCAAAGAAGAAAUGAAUAUUUUGAAAAAAAUUAAGGAAAAACCCAUAAGGAAUAAUACGGAGGCAACUGCUCAAGAAAUUAUAAACUUAAAUGAAAUGCUACACAAUAUAAAUGAAAAGAAAACUGAAAUAUCUGAAUUAAUAUUAAAUGACCCAUCUGAUAAACUUGUUAAUGAUUUAGAUGAGUUCACUAACGAAGUAAAUGAAUUACUUUUAAAAAAACAAACAAAUCAAAAUAUAUUGUUAAUGUUCAAAAAAAGUGAAACUGAGUUACAAGUUUGGUUCGACAAUUUAUCCAAACGUAUUGAAUCCUUGGAAAAAGGCAGUGGAAAUAUUUGCCAACAAAAAUUAAAUUUAUUUAAUGAUCUUAAAGAAGAUUACAUUAAUAAUGGGGAAAAACUUAUAAAUAACCUAAGAGUAAACUGUCAACAUUUAAAAGAAGUAGUAAAUACUUUAGAUGGUCAAUUACUGGAUGAUCAGAUUAAGUCAGCCGAUCGACGUUAUAAAGAUUUCUGGACAAGAAUGGAACGAAAACAUGAAAUCUUAGAAAAUUCAAAAAAAAAUUUACUAUAUGCUAAAUCAAAAAUAGAAGAAAUUAAUAACUGGAUAAAUAAAACAUCAAAAUACUGUGAUGAUAAUAAAAAUAUUAGUUAUAAUAGUAAUGAGAUUGAAAAAAAAUUAAUUGAUUUAAAAAGUAUUGAUAAAGAAGCAGAAACAAAUCGAACAUUUUUAACUGAUUCAUUGAAAGUUAAACUAAAUGCGAUAGAACUUGAAUCAGAACCUAUUGAGUUCAAUGAUUUAGAAGAUAAUUUAUACAAGCCUACAGUUCAAAAAUUGAACGAAUUAAAAACUAAAAUAAAUGAAAAUCUGUCAAAACUUAAAAGUAUGCAUGAAGUUUCUCAAAAGUUUGAAAAUACUCUAAAUCAGUGUAACUUAUGGUUAGAUCGUAGCGAAAAAGAUCUCUUGCCAGAUAAAUAUCAACUCGAACCACUUGAGUUAAUUGUAGCUGAGAAAAAUUUUGAGCAAAUUUCGAAUUUAAAAACAGACAUUCAGAGUUUCAAAGACUUGAAAUUGGCAGAUUUGGAAAAAAAUGGUGAAGUGGUAUCUUCAUUUUGUGAUGAAAAAAAUGUUUCCGCAAUAAAAUCAAUCCUCAAUGAUAUUCUGAAUAAAACUAAAAAAAUAGAAAAUAUGAGUAAUUUUGCUGAGGAAAAAACAAAACUCGUUUUGGAAAAUAGGAAAUUGUUUGAAAAUGAUAUUAAUUUGUGUCAACAAUGGUUUAGCGAAGUAGAAGUUAUUAUGUCUGCUGAUGUUCGUUUAUCUACUUUAAAUAUUAUAGAAGAUCAACUUCAAAAGUAUGCUGCGCUUAAUAUUCGUAGUAAAGAAAUUGAUAAUAUUAUUGAACAACUAAAAACAAUUGGUGAACAAAUGCUCCUUUGCGAAUCAGAUGCGUUAAAAAUGAGUGAUCAAAUUUUAUCGUUGGAAAAUCGUCAAAAAAGAACAAAAGCUUUGAUAAAAGAUAGAAUUGAAAUGCUUGGACAACAUUUAGAAAAAAUGAAAAAUAUUUCGAAAAAAAUUGAAGAAAGUAAGAUAAUGAUUUCAAAAGUUCAUUCAAACUUACAAGAGUUAAAUCGCCCAGUAGGAAGCACUGUGGAUGAUGUUAAAGAUAUGAUAAUGUCUUAUGAAACACUGCUAAAAGAACUUAAAGAUUGGAAUGAAAAAUUAGGCGAUAAUGAUACUGAAUCACUAAAUGAAGUCAUUAAACAACAAGAAGAACUGAUAAGCACAAUUGAAAAACAAUUGUCAAAACUCAGGCAAUUAUUACACCUUCAUGAACAGUUUAUGGCGUUAAUCGCUGAUAUUGUCACAUUCCUGACAAAAUAUCAAAGUGUUUUCAAUGAAAUUGGAAUAUCUGGAAAUAGUAUUCAAAACAAAAUUAAGCAAUAUGAUGAGGUCACAGUUAAAAUUCAAGAAUGUGAGGCAACUCUUUUACUAGCAACAGACAAAGGAGAAAGAAUCGCCGAAGAAGGUUCCGCAUUUGAUCGCAACAACAUUACUCAACAAUUGCAGUCACUUAAACAACAGUUGACUAAUUUAAAAAAAUCUGUGGAAAAAGAAAGACAAAAAUUGGAAGCUACUGCAGCAGAACACAGUAAAUUAGCUGCUGAUUUAGAAGAAGUUCUGGAUUGGAUUCGUGAAAACGAAGCUCUCAUUAAAUCCAGGCCAUUACUUGAAAUAAACAUAAAUAGUGUUGAAAUCGAUUUGAAAUCACAUGAGGAAUUAAAAAUAAAAGUGGACGAACAACUGUCUCGUUUGAAAAAUCUACAUUCAACAGCUCAGAACGAAAAUAUUGAAGACAGUACAAUAAUUGAAUGUCUGAGUGAAGCUAGUUCAUUUUUGAAUACUAUUCCAAAAGAACUACAAGACAGACAAACAUAUUUAAAAAUGAACAAGGAGUAUCGAAUAGAAUAUGAACAAUUAAAAGAACAAUUUUAUUUAUGGAUUAACGAUGCAAAACUAAAACUGAAAUCCGCCGAAGAAAACAAAAAUGAUUACAAAAAUAUAGUAUCAAACUUAGAUUAUUUAAAAGCAUUAAUUAGUGAUCAAACUAUAGAUGAUUUAGUUUCAAAACAAAUUAAACGCACUAUAGACAAUAUUCGACCAUCUUUAACAUCUCAGCAAAACGACAUUCUGACUUCAGAAUUACAACGUUUCAAUAAAGACAUUGACGAUGUACGUAACUCCGCGAAAACCAUUCAGAAAUUGUUGGAAGAAGAAUCUAAUCUUUUAAAAGAGUAUAGAAGUGUAUUUGAUAAAGUAUCUACAAUUUUGAGCCAUUGUAAAUAUAACGAAAACCCUAUUCAAAAUAUUGCUGAAUUGUACUUCAAUGUAGAAAAAAUCACACUCGUACAAAACGAUUUACUCCGUCAACGGAAUGAGUUGGACUCAUUAAUAGAUAAAUCAAAACAGGUUGCUGACAAGAUCGUAAUGAGCGAUGAAAUUCAAUCUGAAACCGAUUCGCUAGUGAAACAAUGGACGGAACUAGAAAGGGAAAUGUCGUCUCGAAUAAUGUUAAUCACAGAUGUGGGGGAAAAAUGGAAGAGUGUUGAAGAGAAUUAUAGAAAAGUUGCAAUUGAGUCAACCCGAAUAAACGAUGCCUUAAGUAACAUCGAUCAAGUUAUCAGAACGAAAAAUCAAUUAGUGGAGUCGUUAGCUGCACUUUAUAAACUCAAAGAAAAUGUUGAGCUUUGUGGCAAUCAACUAAUCGAUACCAAAUCAAUUUGUGAGAAUGUCGUAAAGUUUUUGGACUUCGAAUCACAUCCUGCAUUUACUACUUUACAGGAAGACAUAAUAUCACGUGAAAAUAAACACACUGAACUAUCGUCAAAGUUGAAUAACGUACUUAGCCAAUUUGAAAUCAAUUUGAAAGGUUUCAACGAUGUUGAAGCUAAACUUGACAAGUUAGAGUCAUCUUUGAAUAAUUUGAAACCUGAAGUAGAGAGUUUUUACGUAUUUGCUCAAGACACGGAACAAACCCAGAAAGAACUUAAUGAAUUAUCAGAAAAAGUUAUAGAAGCUGCUAGUAAUUUGAAAAAAUUCAUCGAAUGCACACAAAACACAUAUAUUACAUCACAAAAACUAGUACCAAACGAUUUAUUGAGCAAGUUCAAUCCGUUGGAACUUAUUGCUGAGGAAUUGACGAGCCUCAUGGAUUCAAACAGUAGGGGCCUUAAACGGGCCAAGACUGUUCGUACGGAAUAUUUAAAAGAUGUAGACGAUGUGCAAAGAUGGCUUCAAGAAGCUGAAGUGAAGGUUCAAGAUCGUAGUAGUGAACCAAAAGAGAUCAAAAAGCAUAUCCAGACUAUUGAAGAUGAAAUUAGUGCAAUUAACGAGAAACUAAACAGAGCAAUAAAACAUGGCAAGGAAAUCGUUGAAAAAACGAAAGAUGAAGAGGAAAAAGAAAUGAUUCCAAAAACCAUUGAAUCGUUGGUGGGAAAAAUGAGUCAAGUUAAACUGUGGUUGGACGAAAAACGUAAUCAAAUUGGUGAUACGUUAGACGCAUGGCAGAAAUUUUUAUCCAUUUAUGACGUGGUAAUGGCAUGGUGUCAAAACAAAACAAAAUAUUUAGACGAACCAAUAACACUAAGUUCAUUAGAAGUUGUUAAACAAAAAGCUCAUGAAUUUUCGGCUGCUGUGAAAUCAAGCAAACAACAGAGUAAAAAUUUAGCCGAAAUGAGCAAAGAAUUAGAAAUAAUUGCUUUAUCAACAGAUGUUGGACAUCUUCCUGAAAAACUUGAAGAGGCUAAUAAUGCUAAAAACGACAUUGAGGGAAAACUUUCUGAAAAGAAUGCAUUAUUGCAUGAAACUUGUGAAGAAUGGGAACAAUUUGAGAGAAAAUUAAAAGAUGUAAAAUCAUUUAUUGAAAAAUCUCAACUUGCCAUUGAAUCGGGUGCUAAUAAAAAACGGACAUUACGAGAACAACAUGAUUUGAGAGAGAAAAUGUUGGCUGACAUUACAAUACAGAGAAAAAAAAUCACACUGUCCACAGAAAAGUUACAGAUUCAUUUCCGUGCUGGUUUCGGAGGAAAUGAAAAUAUCGAUAAAUUAGCUAAGGAUAGUUUGCAUCAUCUAGAUAACUUAUAUAAAACGGUAGAAGAACAAGCACAUAAUUUGGAAGAAAGUCUCUCACAGCUUGACAAAUAUCAACAAGAGAUUCAACACCUUCGUCAAAAAGUCAUCACUGCUGAACAGCAAUUAAGACUGACGCAGAGUCCAACAUAUUUACCUCAUGAUAGACAAAAGGCUGUGCAUGAACAAGACGCGUUCCAAGAACAAAUACGAGUGCUGCAAAGCAAGAUUAACUCAAGAACUGAACGAAUCAAACUGAUCAUUCAACGAGGCUCUCCAAUAUCCGACCCUUUAUUAAACUAACUAAAAUUUAAAUGCAUUUAUUUAUCUUCGUAUUCAUUCCACAAUUUUAUUUAAGCUAUUAAAAAACAAAAAAAAAUUCCAAAGUAAAAAUUAGUUUCUAAAGGCAUUUAUUCGG